CCGCAGUCGACUCUCGUUCAAGUGGGUUGCUCGUCGACGACCACUGCACCGACGACCCUCAUCGCGUUUCGAGUGUCCGACGUGAAGACCGCGUCUCUCUCCGAUUCUCAUCGACAGCUCUCGCCUGCGAACGUCGUGUUCGAUUAUUAUAACUAUUAUUAUUAUUACUAUUACUAUAUAGCACAUAACCACCUCAAACGUGAUCUAUGUACGCGAGUGCGGGUUAUAAUAAUAUUGUUUUUAAAUCGAUUUCAUAUACAUGAUAAAAAUCGCCCACGGAUAAGACUUUUUUUCUAAUAAUACGAUUUUUAUUUUAAUAAUAUAAACCGCGAGAUCGUCCUCGCCCUCGGAUCACUGGGCACGUGCGACUCGGCCCCGAUUCACUACAAUUACAUAAUAUUAACUAUUUUUUUUCGUAUAUUUUAAUAUUAUAUACGUUUAUAUCACAAGUGCGACUCGCGCGAAAAUAUUUUGCACGCGACCGCGCUCGCCAUGUCGGACAGUGAAAGCCCGAAACCCACGGAAGAGGUGCUGCUGCACCAUCACCAUCACCACCACCCGAGGAUACCGCCGUCGCUGCUCGCGUGGUGUCCGGCCAUCAUGCCGCCCUGGUGCUCGUUGCUACCGGCCGCCUGGUGCAAUCCGGCAGCCCUCAGGUCCGCUUUUCCUGGACUUUUGGACAGUAUAAAAAUGCCAAGCAGUCAAACGCGACCGUCCGGUUUUCACAUAUGCGACAUACUAGACUUAAACGACGGCAAAGUGAACUCCACCGACAACACCAACACGACACUGAGUUCCCAUAUCAACGCUCCCGAUGUGCACAACGUGAGCACGGGCUUCCAGUUCCCCAGCGUCCUGCAAUCUUCCGCCGACCUGUUACACCACUGGCCCACGUCACUCACCGAACUCAGAGGAUUCGGAAUGAACCAUCACGGGGCCCAGCAAGCCAGUCCAGACAGCACGUCUCCAGGAGUGACUGACCUGACGGACACGUCGAGCACUCCCAGCGCACUGGCGGCCGACACUUCAAAUGCGAACGCAAAUGUCGGCGCGGGCGGCCGGCCCGGUUCCGGAGCUGGCGUCGGCGCCAAGGACGAACCGUCCGAAGCGGACGGCGACGAGAUGGACGAUGAUUUUGACGACGAGUCGGGAACCGCAGGUGGUGAACACGACCGGUCCGGUUCGUCCGGCGCCGGUGGUCACCCAUCCGAUGUUAACGGCGGUGGAAAUGGGACUGGGGUGGUGCACAAGAAACGCAAGCGUCGUGUCCUGUUCAGCAAGGCCCAGACGUACGAGCUGGAGCGCAGGUUCCGGCAACAGCGGUACCUGUCAGCUCCUGAACGCGAACACUUGGCAUCAAUCAUCCGGCUGACUCCCACUCAGGUGAAAAUCUGGUUCCAGAACCACAGGUACAAGACGAAACGGGCGCAACAGGAGAAGGGCAUGCACGUGGAACAUCACGCGGCAGCCGCGGCCAACGCUCUGUCCUCGCCGAGGCGGGUCGCCGUGCCCGUGCUGGUCCGGGACGGCAAGCCAUGCACCAACCAGCAGCCCGGCGCCGGCGGCAAGGCCGAACAGAUGGUGCUGCCUUCGUACUCGCAUCCGCUGAUGCACGGUCAGACGCCCAGAACGUGGUGGUAGUUUGAUGUAAACCACGACCGCGGUAUACAACAUAUAGUAUGUGGUCAUCGCGACGGCCAGUAUUGUCUUCCUACGUAAUAAUAAUUAUGUGUAUCGUAUAAUCAAUACAUUAUUGCUAUGUGUGUACAGCGCAUAAUAUAGUAUGUAUAGGUUAUAUUAUAUACAACCUAGGUACCUGUCAAAAAAAAUGUACAUCUUCCGACCGCCGUUUUAUAUUUUAUCACAACAUUUUAUAUUAUUGUGUGUAAAAUAUUCGAAUACCUGAACUUUUGGGGUUGGCCGAGUGACGGGUGACGAUACGAUACCUACCCAUCGAAAAGGUGAUCGAUGUCUAAAUUAUAUUAUAAUAUGAUAUGAUAUUAUUCUCGUUCGCGUGUGGAUAUCACAUCCACAUUGUUAUUGUGAUAUAUUAUAAUCGAGACUUCGAUUGCCCGAAAAUAUUACUACUAUACACGUGACGUACCAUGACCGCAGCGAAUUCUCGAUUUGUUUAUUUAGGCACAUGCAUACAGGGCGUUUGAGUAGGAAAACCAUAGGACUUCUCGAAAUCGGACGAGAAUGAGAAUAAAACAAAACAAAUCUGAUUUACUAAAUACAUUGUCCUGUGUAUAUUAUAUUAAACACAACAUAUGUACAUAUGAUACCUCAACUAUAAUAAUAAUAAUAAUUAUAAUAAUUAUAAUAAUAUAUGUGGCAUUAAUGUGUUUAAAUAGAUUUUUUCGGUCCCUAUAGUUAGUGCGGUUCAUUCGAAAGUUAGCUACGAUCACGCGCUACGACUGUGUCCCCCUCCCUCGUUUUGUUAAAAUAAAUACUUACGAAUAACGUUAUUAUUAAUAUUAUUAUUAACGAUAUUUUGUCGAUUGAAAAUACAGUAGAGCAUAGCGUACGUAUGUAUAAAUACAAUUAUUCGGAAACAACGAAAAAAUGUAUAAAAUGUCCAUUUGUAAAAAAAUUUAAAAAAAAAUUUAGGCUAAUUGUAUUAUUAUCAUUAUAUUAUAUUAUUAUUUAUUUAUUUAUUAUUAUUAUUGUAUUACUUUAAUAAGAGUUUAAAGAAACAAAAGACUAGUCAUUACGUGUAUUUUAUUUGUUUAUAUAUUUUUAUUGUUAGAACGUUAUAUACGCGCCGACGGGUUGCAUAUUGUAAUUUUUGUAAUAUUUAAGUUGUACAUUGAUAAAAUUGAAAACACUUAUGUUUGUUGAAUAACGUUAUUCGAAAUGCGAAAAAAAUACGAAUGUAUGACAAAAUUUACUCGAUCAUUAUAUAGAUAAAUAAAUAAUUGUUACGAUAUAUAUAAUAUA